AUGAAAAAUUUAUAUAACACAUUUAACUAUUUAAAUAGUAUUGUUUAUAAUAGAAAUAAAACAAAUAUAUUAAUAGAUAUUUCUCAAAAUAUGAAUAGUAAUAUUCAUAUAAAUAAUUUCAAUAUGCAAAAUGAUAUAGUCAAUAUAAUUUUAGAAGAAUGUAUAAAAGAUUGGUUCCCAUUUUUAAAUGAUCAUGAAUAUAAAGAAAAUGAAAAUAAAAUAAAAGAAAAACGAAAAGAAGAAGAAAAUUAUAAAAAUAUAAAUAAAAUAGAGAAAGAAAAUAUAAAAGAUGAAAUUGUAAAAUUGAAAAAAUUUUAUAAAGGUAUAAAAUCAGAUCAUUUUCCUUUAAAAAAAUUAUAUAAAUCUGAACGAUACAUUUUUAACUUAAACAAUGAAGAAAAUGAUGAUGAUGUUUUCUUUAAUUCUGAUGGUGUGUAUAUGGAAAUAUUAAAAGAAAAUAAUAGAAUUCAGGGUAAAGACAAUUUUUAUGGUAUUAAUAAUAAAGAAUUUGUGAAUGAUAAUUUAAAUGAUAUUCAUGGAAAUACAAAGUUUUAUGAUUGCUUAUAUACAGAAAACGAGGAAAAAAAAAAUAAUAAAUUAUCCAGAAAAAUGAGUAACGACGAUGAAUAUAAACAAGAAUAUAUAAAUAGAGAAAAAAAUGAAACUGUUUAUGAAUGGGAAAAAAAUAAAAAAAUAAAAAAUGGUGUAAAAAUUGAUGUAAUAAAUGAUGUAAAAAAUGAUGUAAAAAAUGAUGUAAAAAAUGAUGUAAUAAAUGGUGUAAUAAAUGAUGUAAAAAUUGAUGUAAUAAAUGGUGUAAUAAAUGAUGUAAAAAUUGAUGUAAUAAAUGAUGUAAAAAAUGGUAUAAUAAAUAAUAAUCGGAAUUAUGAUCGAAGCCGAUAUAAUUCAGAAAGUGAUAGUGCACUAUUUAAACGAAAAAAAGGAAAUGAUACAAAAGGAGAGGAAGAUAUAUUUUUGAAUGUAAAAGAGUAUGAUGUUGAUGGGGUAAAAAUCGGGAAAAAUGGAUUUAAUGAAAAUAUGUUAGAUGAUAAAAAUAGUUUUCUAAAUAAAUACUCAUGUAAAGAAAAAGAAAUAUGUAUAAAUAAGAUGAAAAAUUUUAAUUAUGUGGAUGAAAUAGACAUAAAAAAAGAAAGUAAAGAACCGAGCUUAAAUAAUAUGAACGAGCCAGGUAAAUCCGUAAUAAAUAGCGAUGGACAAACAUUGUUAGAUAGAAAAAGUAUAAGCACAAUUAUACAAGAAAUAAAAAUUGAAGACGGAAAAGAAAAAAAUUAUUCUAUGGAUUCAUAUGGAAGUAUUUAUUUAAAUACAUGUUUGAAAGUUUUAAAAGUUGAUAUUAAUUAUUUUUUAAUUCCCCAAAAUAUUGAAAAUGAAGAGUUAUUAAAUGAAAAAAAAAAAAUUAAAGAAAUUUUAAAACUUUAUGAUAAAUUAUUUUAUACUCAUUUUAAGUUUAUUCCAAACAAAUUUUAUAAAGAAACAUUGAGGCCUAUCUAUUCGUAUUAUCAAAAUUUGAAAUCUACAAUCGGAUUGGGGCCAGUCAAUACAUCACUCGAUUUGACAUCAAAAAUAUCAUGCUCUAUAAGUCAGAAUUAUGAGAUUCGGACAAAUAACACCCCCAAGGUACAUAGUAGCGAAGGAAAUCCGAUAAAAGCCAAAACACAUGAACCUGUGGAAUACACAAAUUUAGGGAGUUUCUCCAAUUUAAUAAAUGACAUGAAUGUUAAGAAAAUAUUAUUAGAUGUGGAUGAAAGUACAGAUAUUAGCCAUAUGGAAAAUGAUUAUAAAUUUUUAUAUAAUGAUUUGGUAAAAUUAAAAAAUUUACUUAUAAAAAAGCGGAAUUAUAAGAAUAUUUUAUUUGAUUAUCAAAAACGUUUUGUUCAAUUAAAUAACAGAUGUGUCAAAACAUAUAAGGAUAUAUAUCCAGUUGAAAAGGAAUAUAAACUAUAUACACAAAUAAAAAAAGAAACAGUGGCAGUUAUUAAUUUGAUUAAUGCAAACUAUAAAAAAUAUUAUUUAGGUCAGUAA